CGGAGUUAAUAUUCUGUUAGUUUCAAGAUGGCAACCGAUGAUGAGAUCAUCCGAAAGAGGCUGUUGAUUGAUGGAGAAGGUGCAGGUGACGAUCGCAGAAUUACCGCGCUUUUGAAGACAUUUCUGAAAUGGUGUAAUUCCACUGGCGAGGAGGAAGACAAUGAUGCCACAUAUCAGAAAAUGCUUAUUCAACUGGCUCAGUGCGAAUUUGCCAUUGGGAAAACACAGACUGUCUUUGAAAUGAAUGAGCUGGAAACUGAGAACUAUGAGAAGAUUUAUAGUGAAAUAGAAUAUGAUGCCCUUGCCAAGGUCAUUAGCCAACAUCCAGAGAGGCAAGAAACACUACAACAAAUUGAAGAACUUGAUAAAGAACUCAGUUCUCUCACAACUACCAAAGAGAGUCUUUUUUCCAAGCUUGAACUGAGACAGAAACAGUUCCAUCUUCUUAUCAACACGAUUCACGAGUUACAACAGAUGCUAGAAGAAGACAAAACAGAUACAGAUGAACCAUCCUCUACUACUGAACCUUCUGCCAUGGACACUAGCUAAUUUCUUUUGAUUUAUGUCAAGCCUGUGUAGCUGCCAGUUUCGUUUGCACCAAAGGGAUAAACCACUUCUACACUUAUUGCAAAGUGUACUUGAAACUAUGAACCACUUCCAAAACUGCCAGCUACUCAGGCUAACUUAUGCCAAAUGCUUUGUGUACAUAGUGCUUAUUAAACUUUUAAAAAAGGGAAACUAUAAGUUGCUGGGACAAUU